AAUAUUCGCGUUAAAGUGUGCAUAAUAAAUAUAUAAGAGAUAUCUAAAUGCAAUAUACGCACAUGCACACAGGCACACACAAGGCAGCAGUCGUGCCGCCGAAACGAGAACGUCGCGUUUGUUUAUAACAAAAUAAUAAUAAUUUAGAAAUAAUGAAAGUGUUGCAGUGCGACUGAAUGAAUAUUUGGAAUUUUGAACGCUGCCUGCCACAGACGCCAACAGCGACGCCGACUGCACAACGUUUAAGUUGAGUAGUUUCUCAAGGUCUUUCGGUGCGUGCGGAAGCGAGGAAUAGUGGCAAAGCGGGCAGAGGGGAGCAACAUAACUGGUUGUGGGGGCAUGAGCUGGCCGAGGCGAUACUGGAACUGGACGCCGUCUCAAUGGAGCAGCAGCAAGCAACUGUGAGAAGAGGAUGCGACCAGAAGGGCAACUAGUUAACCAACAGCAGCAGCAGCAGAAGCAGCGGCUGAGAUCUUGCCUUGUCCGUGCGUAGCAUGAGACAGAGACAGAGAGAGCAACAGCUCCACAAAUGUGCCAACCAACCAUAGUAACAACAAAAACAACAACAUAAAAUUCAAAGCAAAAUCAAACUAGAAAAAAGACAGUGGGAGAGAGAGGGAGUUCACGGCGCGUGUCAAACAAUAAGUCUGAUAAGAAAAGUUAUACACUGUUAACAUACGAUAAACAAUAACAGCCACAACACAUAACAUAUCCUUCAAGUUAACAGCAGAGUGGCCAAAAGAAAGCAAAAACUCACUCAAAACAGUGCGCUGUUAACAUGAGUGCCGAUGCACACAGCAAUAAAUAGCCACGCAAACAGACAGAAGCUGACUGCUGCCAGAUAAACUGAUUGACUGACAGAAACAAAUCAAAUUUGUCGCACGCAACACAAAAUUUACAGUUAGUUCUAACAGCACCAACAGCAAACAAUAACAUUUUAACAAACGUAGUUAACAUGACUCUGCAAAGCUUUACACGCAAAAUGCGCGGACGCAUGCGCUCAAACACCUGCCGCAUCGUGCUGCUCACCUCUUUGGUGUGGGUCAUAUUUGACUUCGUGCUCAUAGCCCACUAUUCGGACUGUAUAGGCAAGGAUGGCUGGCGUUGCAGGCGAGCCGGCGAAUACGAUGUCGAGCAGCCCAACGCUGAGCGUUUGGUGGACGACAAUCAGCUGGUGAAUGAUAAUGAAAUCAAUACGGAAAAAUCAUUGGAUGCCGAGGAUAGCGCUGGCAUUGCGCCCAUUAUGGGUCAAGGCUUCGUCUCUGGCGGCAUUUCGAUGACCUAUCGCAGCGUGGUGCUGAAAAAAUGGUUCCAGGCGCCCACGGUGCGUGAAUCGCGUGGCAAGCCGGGCGAGAUGGGUAAACCCGUUAAAAUACCCGCCGACAUGAAGGAUCUCAUGAAGGAGAAGUUCAAGGAGAAUCAAUUCAAUCUAUUGGCCAGUGAUAUGAUCUCAUUGAAUCGCUCGCUGACAGAUGUGCGGCACGAGAAUUGCCGGCACAAACACUAUCCCUCAAAGCUGCCCACCACCUCAAUUGUGAUAGUAUUCCAUAAUGAAGCGUGGACAACGCUGCUGCGCACCGUUUGGAGUGUCAUCAAUCGUUCGCCGCGCUCCCUGCUCAAGGAGAUCAUACUGGUGGACGAUGCCAGCGAGAGGGACUUCCUGGGCAAACAGCUGGAGGAUUAUGUGGCCAAGUUGCCAGUUCGUACAUUCGUGCUGCGCACGGAGAAACGUUCCGGCUUGAUACGCGCACGUCUCCUGGGCGCUGAGCAUGUCACUGGCGAGGUCAUCACCUUCCUGGAUGCCCAUUGUGAGUGCACCGAGGGCUGGCUGGAGCCUUUGUUGGCGCGCAUUGUUCAGAAUCGUCGCACCGUGGUGUGUCCCAUCAUUGAUGUCAUCUCCGAUGAGACUUUCGAGUACAUUACCGCUUCGGAUUCAACGUGGGGCGGCUUCAACUGGAAGCUCAACUUUAGAUGGUAUCGUGUUCCACAGCGUGAGAUGGCCAGACGGAAUAAUGAUCGCACAGCCCCGCUGCGUACACCGACAAUGGCUGGUGGCUUGUUCUCCAUCGACAAGGAUUACUUCUAUGAGAUUGGCUCCUACGAUGAGGGCAUGGACAUUUGGGGUGGCGAGAAUCUGGAAAUGUCGUUUCGAAUAUGGCAAUGCGGAGGCAUUUUAGAAAUUAUACCCUGCUCGCAUGUGGGCCACGUGUUCCGCGACAAGUCCCCGUACACCUUCCCGGGCGGCGUUGCCAAAAUUGUGCUGCAUAAUGCGGCGCGGGUGGCCGAGGUAUGGCUGGAUGAGUGGCGUGAUUUCUAUUAUGCAAUGAGCACAGGCGCUCGCAAAGCUUCUGCUGGAGAUGUCAGCGAUCGCAAAGCUCUGCGCGAUCGAUUGCAAUGCAAGAGCUUCCGCUGGUAUCUGGAGAACGUUUAUCCGGAAAGCUUAAUGCCACUGGACUACUACUAUCUGGGCGAGAUACGCAAUGCAGAGACUGAAACCUGCCUGGACACCAUGGGUCGCAAAUAUAACGAAAAGGUGGGCAGCAGCUAUUGCCACGGUCUCGGCGGCAAUCAGGUGUUCGCCUAUACGAAACGGCAACAGAUCAUGUCCGACGAUCUGUGCCUGGACGCGGCCAGCUCCAGUGGGCCAGUGAAUAUGGUGCGCUGCCACAAUAUGGGCGGCAAUCAGGAAUGGGUAUACGAUGCGGAGGAGAAAUGGAUACGACACACGAAUACGGGCCAGUGCUUGCAGCGUGCCACGCGAGAUGAUGCCAGCACGCCGCUGCUGCGGCCCUGCAACUAUUCCAAGGGGCAGCAGUGGCUGAUGGAGUCCAAGUUCAAGUGGCAGGCGCACUAGCUAGCCAGCUAAACGGAUUAACUAAAACUAAACUUAGAACUUCCAAUAUGUGUUUAACUGUUAACUAGGUUGCCAGCAGGAGGAGAGGAUGAAAACAGGAGCAUGAUAAAAAGCAGGCGUUAGGAGCCAGGCGUAGGAUAAGGAGAAGGAGCUGAGUUACUAGCAAGGAUUUCAAGCAUUUUUUUCUCCUCUGUUAAAUUUAUUCACUAAGUUUUAGUCUAAGAUGAUAGUUUUUUCUGUAUCUGUGUGCGUGUGUCGCCGACUGUCUUCCCAAUUGAUGUGCGUGCGUGCGUGUGUGUGUUUCUGUGUGUAUAGAUGUAUACAUAAGUGCUCAUUUGCAUAUAUAUAUAUAUAUAUAUAUAUACAUAUGUAUGUGUGCGUUUAGUUUUAUGUACCAUAAUGCAUAGAUUUGUAAUAUAUACGUAUACAUAUUUACCUAGCCCCGACCAAGUACCAACAAAUUGGCAUUUAAAUGACAAUGUGCUUCACAAGGAAUACAACAACAAAAAGAAAAGAACUAACUAACUAACUACAACUAAUAUGUGUCAUAGCAGAACGACUAAACCAAGUUAAACAUACACCCACAUAUAUAAUAUAUGCUUAAAAGCAGAGCAGCCCGGGCCACAUUCCCCUAGCUCUAAUAACUAUCGGGCGUUGUGUUGUAACACAUAUAUAUAUAUAUAUAUUUAUAUAUAUAUAUGUAUUGAUACAUUAAAGAUUUAAGUUUAUUAACUUUGUUAAUUUCGACCCGCUUCGCUUUGUACCAAAUGAUAAAAAUCUAAUUCUUGUUAAAAAUCAAAAA